UUCAAUUGGCGAUGGCGCAAUCUUCGCAUCGCUUUUGUAGCCGGCAUGGCAUCGGCGUGGAAUUCGGCUCUAAUCAAUCCGGCGCCAAGGUAUGCCGAUCCAAUCUGUGAAAUGGCGGAGAUCGUCUCGCGCGUCCUCGUCCUCCUUGCUGCGCUUUGAUGGCCGCGGCGUCCUCUUCCAAGCCUAGCAAGGCCACUGGCUCCAAGGUGCCGUCUUUCACCGCCAGGAAUCCAGCAGCCCCAGCGGCAUUUCCAGAUGCCGGGGAUUUGCUCGCCAAAUCGCCAACCGCGAAAACGAGGAAGAAGAGCCACUCUGGCGAUGUCUGCGCGUCUUCAGCCCCGGCGCUAGCCGGUGUUCUUCACAAGUGGGUGAAUUAUGGAAAGGGAUGGAGGCCCAGAUGGUUUGAGCUCGAGGACGGCAUUCUUUUCUACUACAAGAUCCAUGGACCCGAUAAGAUUUGCGUGCAGAACGAGCAGAUCAAGGCUUCCAAGAUCAUUGGAGAUGAGUCGCGGAAGCUCUUGAAGAAGCCAAAGUUCUGUUCCCAAGGCGAGGAGAGGCAGCAUCGAAGAACAUUUGGAGAGGUACAUUUAAAGGUGUGCUCUCUCCGAGAGAGCAAGUCAGAUGAUAGGAAGUUUUACAUCUAUACGGGAACAAAAACUUUGCAUCUCCGUGCGGAGUCGAAGGAGGACAGGACGGCAUGGAUGGAUGCGUUAAGAACUUCCAAGGACCUUUUCCCGAAAGACAUGAGCAGUUUAAGCUAUCCUCCGCCGGCAGACAACAUUAAAAUUUCGACAGGCGCGCUCAAUGAGCACCUUGUCAAGCUGGGAGUCCCCGAGCAAGGGAUAAAAGAAUGCGAGAAGAUUAUGAUGUCCGAGUUUACAAAAAUCCAACACCAACUGAGAGUAAUGCAACAAAAGAGGCUGUUCUUGAUCGAAAAGAUUAGACUUCUCGAGGCUGAUAAGCUAGAGCUGGAGACUACAGUUGUAGACGAGAUGCAGAACAAUGCGUCUGCGGGAGCAGGGAACGUAGUGGGAGCGUUGAAAGACCACGUUUUACGCCUUUUAGGUGCCGAUGAAUCAGAAUCUGAUGAAGACAUACGGCAGGAAGUCGUGGAAGCGGAGUCAGAUGACGAGGAUUUCUUUGACACCAGGGAGUCUCUCUCGGAGGCAUACCUUGAGAGCGCCGUGUUUAACACAACUGUGGAGCUGAUUGAGAACGAGGAUGUUUCAAGCAACGGGCCUUCUGGCGAGGAUGUUGUAUAUCCUUCUGUUAAAAGGCGCACCAGGCUACCGGAACCAAAGGAAGUUGAAAACUGUGUCAGCCUUUGGUCCAUGAUCAGAGACAACAUUGGGAAGGACCUGAGUCGAAUUUGCUUGCCAGUUUAUUUCAACGAGCCACUAUCGUCCUUGCAAAAAUGCUUUGAAGAUUUGGAGUACUCUCAACUGCUUGAUCGCGCCAGAGAAUAUGGACAAAAUGGAAACAGGCUAAUGAGAAUAUUGUACGUGGCAGCUUUCGCAGUUUCUGGCUACGCUUCUACAGAAGGCCGACACUGCAAGCCAUUUAAUCCAUUGCUCGGAGAAACGUAUGAAGCAGAUUUUCCGGACAAAGGCGUACGCUUUAUAGCUGAGAAGGUAAGCCAUCAUCCAAUGGUCAUUGCUUGUCACUGUCAAGGCCGAGGGUGGGAACUCUGGGGAGACAGUACGCUCAAAAGCAAGUUUUGGGGUAGAUCAAUUCAACUUGAUCCUGUUGGAGUACUCACACUUCAAUUUGAUGAUGGCGAGACAUUCCAAUGGAGCAAGGUGACGUCCUCUAUAAACAAUAUAAUUCUCGGCAAACUUUAUGUCGAUCACUAUGGUACAAUGCGUAUUCAGGGUAAUCGAGGUCUUUCUUGUAAGCUCAAAUUCAAAGAGCAGUCUAUGAUAGAUAGAAAUCCGCAUCAGGUUCAAGGGUACGUCCACAACGAAGGCGGUGAUAAACUGGCUAGUCUUAUCGGCAAGUGGGAUGAGAGUAUGUACUACGUGCUUGGGGAUCCUGUGUCUAAUGCUCGAGGCUACGACCCGAUGGAUACGGCCACACUACUGUGGCAAAAGAAUCCUCCGGCAGAGUUCCCAACGCGAUACAAUCUCACCGCCUUUGCCAUAACAUUGAACGAAAUCACCCCUGAUCUCAAGCAGGAGAAGCUCCCACCAACAGACUCGCGUUUGAGACCGGACCAAAGAUACUUGGAGAACGGGGAAUACGACCUGGCAAACGCAGAGAAGCAGCGGCUGGAACAGAAACAACGCCAGGUUUGCCUGUGCUGCUCUCAAGCUGCCAGUUUCAAACCUUCUCAUCCUUCACAGGCGAGAAAGUUGCAAGAGACGGGGUGGACGCCAAGGUGGUUCAAGAGAGGCAGUGAUCAAGGCACUUACCGGUUCGUGAAAACGUACUGGGAAGCUCGCAAGCUUGGCCAGUGGCAGGGUUGUCCAGAUAUCUUCGGCCCGGACCUGGCAUCGGACUGAGCGCUCCAUUCUUUUUUUCUUUUCACUUCUUCCGGCAAACUGUAUCGACUUGAGAGAUGCCGCUCGCUUCGUCGGCGUCGAGCGCUUGCCUGAGCCUGCGAAUUGCGCUGGUGUCGCGAAUUCCACUGGAGCGAGCGAGGUAAGCGACGAAGUCCUCGUCACUGGCUGGUUGGAGGGUCGUUGCUGUGCUGCUCCAGGGAUGGGCAUCGUCGGACAAGAGCUUUGAUUGUCCCACUCCGGCGGCCCCUUGCAAGAGGUUCCAGCACUCGAUGUAGCAGUGGAGGAGGAGCAUCUGGCCGGCCUGGUGGUGCUCCUGCUGCUGGCUAUGGAACGCUGAGAAGCUGCGUUUCUUGAGGGGAGCUCUUCUCUGUGCCUCCUCCAUCUCUCUCUCUCUCUCUCUCUCUCUCCCUCCCUCUUCUCUCCCUUUGCUUGGAGAAAAAGUUUUGAGAAGAUCAUGGAUCUUUCUUUUUUCCUGGUUGUGGACACCAAUUCGACAGAUGGUGAGAUGAUAGAAAAAGUGGGGACACCUUUUUACAAGUGGCACCAUUAUUCGUGUUUUACUACAGGUUAAACUUUUGUU